AUGCCCCACGCUGUCUCGAUGCCCUCAACCGGGCUUCAAGCCCUCAUUCUCUGCGGGCCUGGAUCCUCAUUUCCGACAUUCACCUCCAACCCCGAUGAGAACCCCAAGGCUCUUUUGCCGAUUGCGAACCGGCCUAUGGUUUGGUAUCCCAUCGAUUUCUGCUAUCGAAUGGGCAUCACGACUUCUGCUGCUCUCACUACUGCCCUCAACACCAAUCCUUACCUGACAGCGCUGCCUCUACCCCGGCCAGACAUUCUCUCGCCGGCGGAUCUUGAUCAGAACACGGGCACAGCUGAGAUCUUGAGGCUACCAGAAAUCAGGGAACUUGUUACUGGAGACUUUGUUGUUCUCCCAUGCGAUCUGGUGUGCGAACUCGGUGGAGAGAAGCUCCUUCAGUCCUGGAUGGUCAAGUCGGCCAGCCUGACUGACCUUCUGGGAGCCUCAAGACUCUCCAAUGGCCACCGCUCGCUCCCAAGUGGAGGAUUGGGUGUCUGGUAUGACACGAAAACUACGACACCGGUCAAGGGCGAGAACACUGACUUUGUCGCAACGACUCCCCUGCCCAAGUCGCCUGUCACACCUCCCAAGGGGUCGCUAUUCUCCAGUCUCUCCAAGGUUGUGUACUCGAUGCCAACCGACUCUUUGAACGAUCUCACGGAAGAGCGAAAGGGUUUCCCAGUUCGCCAUGGUCUAUUGCGAGCCCACCCCCGCAUCCGGAUGUUUACUACCCACAGAGACGCACACAUCUACAUCUUCCCCCGGUGGGUUCUGGACUUUAUCAAGGAGAACGAGCGCUUGGAGAGUAUCGGCGAGGACGUCAUCGGAUGGUGGGCCAAGGCAGGCUGGCAGUCAGGCCUAGCUGAAAAGCUCAAGAUGGACUCAGUCUGCAGCCUCGGACGAGUCGAGGAGACGGCAGAGAACUCUCACGAGGGCGCCGCGUCACCCAGGGAGCACAGUCCGGAUGGAAAACACGGCCUCGAGCAAUACUCCCCGAAAGUCAACGCCGCCGACUCGGCGACACCAGGAAUUUCUAUCGAGGGCGAGUCGUCGUCGCCUGACAAAAGGGCCCCAUUCGAGGUACCGCCGAUCGUUGCCUAUGUUCACUCGGCUGGUGGCUCCGCACCGCUGAUCCGCCGCGUGGACACGGCUCAAUUGCUGCUUGCCAUUUCACUUCAGCUGGCCAAGCUGCCUUCACUGGAGGAGACUAGUCCCGAGGCCGCCUCACCUUAUGCCCAUGCGAAGAAAAUCGCCUACCCCGAAGGCGUCAAACCACGCACCACCAUCACCAAGCAGGACAGCCUCAUCGCUGAAAACGUCACCGUCGAGGAGAAGACGUCCAUCAAGGAGUGCGUGGUGGGAGCCAACUCGCAGAUCAAUGAAGGAGCCAAGCUCUCGCAGUGCCUGUUGAUGGAAGGUGUAGUUGUCGGCAAGGCUUGCAAGCUAACUCGGUGCAUCCUCGGAAAGCGAUGCGUGAUUGGCGAUGGGUCAGUCCUGACUGAUUGCGAGGUCCAAGAGAAUCUCCUUGUCGAGCGUCGAACUGAGGACAAGGAUAAUAAGCUCAUGAGUUCCGAGGGUUUGGAAGCUACCCAGGCCGAGAUGGAUGAGGUGCUCGAGGAAAUGGAAGCUGAAACUGAGCUGGCCGUGGUAGACUAA